AUGGAGGCUGCGGUGCAUGAUCCCGCUUCCUUUGCCCCGGGCUUGAGAAACCGCGUGAAUCUCCCGAACGCGACGCAAAGCCUGCAGCCAGUAAUCGAGCUGCGCCUCGCUUUUCCGCUCCUGCCAUUCAUCCGGCUGACGACGUCAGACCUGGAGAGGCACAGCUACGACUUUGCGCUGGCAUCGUGCCAUAGCCGAAAGAAGUGGGAGAACAUCAUCACGCUCAUGGACCAGAUGCAGGAAGACGGCAUUCAGCUCAACAACUCCUGCUACCACACGGUGCUUCAUGGCUUGUCGUACUCUCCGGAAUACCACGAGCGCUGCUUUGAGCUCUACAUCUCCAUGCGGGAAAACGGCAUCACGCCCAACGAGACGCAGCUCUGCUCCUUGCUGCGGGCGCUCUUUGGCGAGGAGGGCCAGGAGCGAGAUCAAGUCAAGGGCCUGGAGAUCUUUCAACAGCUGGUGGACGACACCAGCGUGAACCUCACCGAAGUGCACUUCGACAUGACCAUCGGCGUAUGCGAGAAGGCUGGCUUGUGGAGGGAGAUCUUAUCCCUGGCCACCGCCAUGGGAUCUCGUGGCAUCAGCCCCCAUUCGAUGACUUGCAAUGCCGUGCUCAAGGCAUGCGUUCAGCUCGGGAAGUGGGACGUCGCCCUCAAGCUCCUGGGGACGAUGGGCCGAGAUGGGACGGAGCUGGACCGCAUCGCCUACCGGACCGUUCUGGUCGCGUGCGCGCGAGCACGAUGCUGGGAUGAAGUGCUGAAGCUCUAUGCGGAGGUAGAGGCGCAGCAUCCCAGCUUCCUGGGGCCAGACAUGGCGUUGCCGGCCAUCACCGCGAUGUGUGAGGUCGGCCGAAAUGAGGAAGCGAUCACUCUGUAUCGGGACACCUUCGGGGCCAUGCUCGCGCAGCAGCAGACCAGGAGGAGAUCUGGGGUGGAUCCCAUCGUGCUCGACGCGUGGGGAAGCCAAUUGAUGCCUUCAGUACUUCCAGUCGAGACCGAGCUCGCCAACAUUGAUACUCUGCAAAAGAUUGCUGAAUGGUGCGGGCUCCCCGCCAAUGUCUGGAAAGCUUUUCAGGAUGCAUUGGGAGGUUUGGGCUCCAUGCGUGUUUUCUCGCAGCUGCCACAGUCUGUUUGGUCCAAGACAGUGAAAGACUUGCGGAUCAGCAGUGUUGCUGGCGGAGCGGCCCGCGAAACCACACCCUCCGAGCAGAUCCAGUUGGCGUUGGCUUGGAGAGUAGCCAGGCAAGCCUUUCAAAUGCCGGACAUAGAUCCGAUAGCAGAUCCUGUGCCUGUCGUGACCCCUUUGCCUUCACAUGGCCCCGCAGCCUCGAGUUCAUCUGUGAAGAAGGUGAAGUUCUCGAACGUGCUGGAUCAGUUUGACGAGACAGAGGUGGACAUGCUGUCUCAAAGAGAGAUCGAUCAAGCGUAUCUGAAUCAUGCAGAAAUCACAGGAGCAGAGCCUCCAAGCGAGGCAGAGCCCACGCCGGAGCAGAUCGCUGCACUGAAGCAAAGAGUGGUCGACAGACGGGAGGCCCCGUAUGCCGACUUCAGUGUCUUGACACCUUUCGGCCGAAGGGUGCAGAAGCAGAUGAAGGCCCGUUCGUGGGUCUUACAAGCAGACGGGACAUUCAAAGGUCUCGACGUACCUGGCCCUCCGAGUUUCGAAGCAUGGGCAGCCUGCUGGAAAGUAUUUCGUUCGGCUUUGUUCAUGCUCAGAUAUCCUCCAGAGGCGCCAGGCCAAAGCCCGAAGAAGGUGGUGACAACAGCCGCCCUCGAGGAGUACUACGACCGUGUCGUGAAGCUCAACUCCGAAUUUCCAGAGACCUGGCAUUUGCUCAUGCAAGCAGAGGACAGGUGCCGUGGCGAGAUGUUCGAGAGGUACCGGAGGCAACUGACGACAGCGUCAGCCUCAGGUCGUUUGCCUAUGGGCCUCGAUUUCGACGGAGCCACUCCAUGGGUCGGAGUCUUCAUCUACGCUGCUCGGGAUGCAGACUUCUGGAACGAGCAUGUCGUCCGCCCAGCGCAAAACUUCAUCGCCAGAGGCGGGAAGCACAUGUCAGUCCAGAAGGCCGAGGAUGUCAAUGUGCCCAGCGGGUCCAGAGAGGCCCUCCUCAAUGCCAUGUCAGGAAAGCACCAUGUCGCUCCCCCUCCGGCUCUGCCAGGCGAAGGAUCGUCGAGAGGAGCGAAAAGACGAAGGUUUCUGAAAGAGAAGAUGGUCCAGAUGGAGAGCGCGCUGAAGGCUCAAGUGGGGGGGCAGAAGACAGCGGCUGGUCAUCCAAAGAAAUGGGGCUCGCUGUACGUGACAAACUCAGAGGGCAAGGAGCUCUGCUUUGCCUUCUCGAAGGGAGCUGCGGGGGCGUGCCCAGAGCCAUGCAAGCAUGGCCGCGUCCAUGGAUGCCAGGACUCGGGCAGUCCUGCGCUGAUGCCCGUUACUGGCGCUGCCCCUGCUGCUGUCCGUCCAUCUGGUGCUGCAAAACCGCAAGAGAAAUCAACCGAGCAUGCGCCAAGAAAGUUUGUUUUCUUAGAAUUGUUUGCAGGUCAUGGUGGCUUUUCAAGAGCAGUGACGGAGAUCGCAGGCGACGUGGCAGAAGUCAUGGGCCCCUUGGGCGGCUUCUACAACUGGGAUAUCUUCGUGGACGCCGACUUCGAACAGGCCAAGCAAUCGGUCAAGAGAGCGGACCACACACAUCUGGCAUUUACUUGCAGUUCCUUCACCAGAGAGCGGUGGACAGACGAGAACGAGGUCGCCCAAGUCAUCACUUCCGACAAGAUUGCGGAAAAAGUCGCGGCCCUAUGCUACCUCAUCCUAGAGGCAGGCGGCACAUUCUCAUUGGAGAAUCCGUGGGACUCCUAUGCCUGGGAGCAUCCGGCUUUGAAGAGGGUGCUCAAAAGACCAGGCGUGCAGUCCGUGCUCCUUCACCAGUGUGCUUAUGGCGCCGACAACGUGAACCCAACUGCCAUCGUCUCCAAUGCGCCGUGGAUCCUGACUGUCAAGCUCACCUGCAAAGAUGUGCGAGCCCACUGUCACACAGAGGGCGACGUGGCAGGCAAAGUCGACGCCUCAGUCUGGCGAACUUCGCUGGCAAAGUAUCCGGUGGGCCUGUGUCAAUGCUGGGCAAAGGCGCUUCGGGCAUGGUUGCUCUCAGAAGAGGGCCGGCGUGUCAUGGCCUCACGAACACUGGUCAGGGCAGGCAGGCUAGGCAACACACUUGUCCGCCUCGAUCGCUACAAGUGCACAGAGCUGGAGCCAGCCCCAAACUCAGACCUCCAGUCUGCAAAGCUCAUAGCAGGGUUUCCGGCAAAGACAGGAGCCGCUGCCACAGAAACUGCAGCGGCGCGCCGCUGCAGAGAGAACGAGCAGGCAAUCGGGGGUCUCAGAGAUCCCAGACGUGCCGUUGCUAGAUCAAGCUCUUUGCGACAGACGGGAGCUCAAAUCCGGCAUGUCAUGGACGAGUUCUUGUCUGACGAAUUAGUUGCAAAGUUCGAAAACGCAAAUGGUCAAUGCCCCUUUUCUUCUGAGUUGGUUCAGGCAGCUCGCUUCAGGCUGGCUCAGUCGUUUCACACAGAGCCUGCAGCGGAUGGCUACCAGACCAACCUGUUCAAAACAAUUCUCCACAGCGCCAAGGACCCUGAUCGCGACACAAUUCCUCAAUGGCUAGAAUAUGGCUUCCCGUUGGGAAUAGAGGAACCGAUCGCGAACAAUGGUGUCUUCCCUGAGACAGACUCUGUAUCAGCAGCUAUCAAGGCCUCGCAGGCUUUAGGAACGCUGCUUGAGGACUGGGACGGCAGUGCCAAGAACUACAAGUCCUUCGAAGAGGCCGGCGAAAAGGGCCAGGCGGAGCUCGACCGACUUGUCGCGUGUGGUCGGGCUACAAAGGUAUCUUCUUGGGGGGAUGUGGUUUGCCUAGUGGGGGAAGGCGCCAAACUCACAAAGCUUGCUUGCAUCAUUAAGAUAAAAGACGGCAAGGAAAAGGUGAGGCUGGUUGUAGACAUGAGGAGAAGCGGCAUAAAUGGGCUGAUGGCAUUGCGGGAGAGAGUGAUCCUCCCGAGGGUGUCUGAUGUGGCCGAGAGCGUGCACGCCCUCUUCCUCAAGAACAACCGUAGCCCAAACUGCGAAUUCUUUAUCAGCGAUUUCAAAGAUGCCUUUUACACACUGCCUCUUAGGACAUCUGAGCGAAAAUAUGCUGUAGUCAAAGGCGGGCCCUCCACCUUCUACUUGAUCCAUGUGGUGAGUUUCGGAUUUGCAUGUGGACCAGUGCUUUGGUGCCGGCUGGCAGCAUGUUCCAAUCGAAUUGUCCAGGCUUCUGUGUCUGACUUCGAGGGCAGGGUGCAGACAUAUGUGGAUGAUCCUAUAAUGGUGGCGUGUGCGCCCACCAAGUUCGAGAGAUCUCGCAUUUUCUGUCGCUACACGUUACUCUGGUGUAUUUUGGGCUUUGAAAUUGCAUGGCAUAAGUGUUCCCGCGGGGCGUCUGUUUGCUGGAUAGGCGUGAUGCUGCAAUUGCUUCCGUCAGGCCUCAAGGUUAUGCUUUGCCCUGAGAAGACGGAAAGACUUCGUGGAAUGUUUCAGGAGCUUCGCCGCCACGGCAACAUGAUACCCACUCAGACUUUGCAGACUGCCGCAGGUGUGUUGGGCUGGAUUGCUAACCUCAUUCCAGCAGCAAGGCCAUGGGCAUCCAUGCUCUGGGCAGCAGUGCACGCCUCACAAGCCUCUCACACUCCAGCGAAGCUGAACACCAGGGUCAGGAAAGGACUCACGUUCAGGAAGCAGGUGGAGCACGCUCUUCACUGGCUUGAGAGCAUGUUGACCGCUACUGUGGGUAGUGGGCCUCAACUAGAACGUGUGUAUAUGUGGAAUGAGCACGCGCCGGUCCUUGAACUCUAUACUGACGCAUGUCCCACUGGGUUGGGGGGUGUCUUGUACAGUGCUUUAAAGCCCGUCGCAUAUUUUUCUCAUCAGUUAACUCUAGAGGAUGCCAAGCUGCUUGGCGCACAGCUGGGUGAUCCCGCAUUUCAAUCUGAGUUUGAGUUGUACUCCGUUCUCGUUGCCGUGCUCGUGUUUCAAGAUUUUUUGGUGCGCGGCAAGUCGCAAUGCCCGCAGUCUGCCAGAGUCGAUGCAAAAAUGGGGCCACGCGAAGCCGCGAAGCGUCGGCCUGAGGACAGCUGUCGCGAUGCCCCCAUGUCGCUGGUGCAGUCGCGGGCGUCAAGUCGAGGCAAAUCGGCCGCUUCCCAGCCAGUGGGUACACACCACAAAUCUGGCAGCCAGCUGCUGCGAGAUGUGAUGAGACACGCCUUUGACACCUUGGGCGCACCUGUCUCCUGCCACUACACCUUGACACCCGACCACAAGUCGCUACCCGAGAGCUUCAUCACCUCCGCGAACCACGACUCCUUGUGCUACGACCGGAUGGACAUCCCCAUACAAUGGGACAACUCCGCCAAAAUCUACAACUACCAGGCGGCCAAGGGCGCGGCGACCCUGCAGCAGCUGCCCAUUCGGGGAGCCCACGCCGUGCGCAAGCCCAAGGACAUGCUCAUCUCCGCCUACUGCUACCACCACCGCGGCCAAGAGUACGGCUCGCCCAUGGCCCCAUGGCCCGAGAUCAUGUCCAUGGGCCCCAAAGAGGGUCUGAUGGCGAUGUGGCCUGUUAUGUCUGGCAUGAUUCAAGACAUGGUGGACGUCCACAGGAACACGAGUGCCGAGGAGAUGUUCCCCGUGCGCUUUGAGGAGAUCACGACGUCGUCCGAAGGCUUUGACGAUGUCGUCCAGAGGCUGUUUCGCUUCUUCUUCGCGCCCAGCGUCCCAGAAUCGGACCUGUCUCGCCUCUGGCAGGCAGCGAAGGUCGAGGACUUGCACGUCGACCCCAAUUAUGAAAAUUCCAUCGCGGAUGCCGGCCACUCUAACGACCAGGAGUGCAUGCAGGCGACGCAGGAAGCUUUGUUGCAGCUGGAUCCGCGACUGGUGCGAUAUCUGAAGGACAUGCAACAGCAGCUUGGCUAUUCCAUUGAGAACUGGCCAGACCCCGGUGGCAUCUUGAUGCGCUGCGCCCUGGAAGACGCGGUGGCCAGAGCUGAUGCGACUGCGGCCAGGGCUGCGAAACGAAUGGCCCUGGCAGGGUUACCACCCUCGCGGCCAAAGGACAUCGUGAUCGCCGUAAGUGCGGCUGACUUGGACGACGAGUCCGCCCUACCGGGGUCCACGGCAGAAAUGCUGCUGCAGGUCGGCCACGAGGUUCUUGGUCCUGAGGUGGUUCUGGAGUGCCAGCAGACACCCUUCCCCUCUGUCAAGGUGCCCGGUCUUAGCCUGCAGUCACUGUUGGUCCAGCAGGUGCAGCAGGCGAAGCAAGCAGCGUGGGUGCAGAUGCUUGAGUGGCUUCAGGUUCGGGCACUCUUGAGCCGGGCGUCUUCAUGCCGCAGCCACCCAGUGCUUACAUAUUGUCCAAGCUCCAUCCUCAUGGCCGCCGCAGCAGCCUUUCCGCCCUUAUAA